AUGGCUUCAACUUCUGGAAAUGAAUUUCUAGUAAAUUCGGCUGCAGAGACUUCUCAAAACGUGGAUUUAGUGUUCGUAGACGAAGAUGAAAUGCCAUUGACUUCUGUAGCUAUAGGCACGGCAUAUUUAGAGCGAGAGUCUGACGAAGAAAUUGACUCAGACUUUUAUCAGACUGACUCUGAGGCUGAAGAAAGUGACGAAAAUGAAGAAUUACAACAAGCAGGUCCUCCCAGGAAGCGGAGACGUACAGCACAGGGCGAAAACGAUGUUGUGGGCGAUCCUGUUUGGGUAGAAGACAUCAGGACGCAUUCAGACCUGCCUUUCACCCAACCCACGGGGCCUAAAGUUCGAAUGGGAGCGGAUCAAAAAGACCCAGUGAGUUAUUUUUGUCUGUUUUUUACUGAUGCCUUGCUUGAUCUAGUUGUGACACAAACAAAUUUGUAUGCUGCCCAAGAGAGAGCCAAAACCCCGGAUAAACACCGUAUGCCUUGGCACGCAGUGGACAAAGAUGAAAUAAGAACAUUUAUUGCCUUGAUUUUAGCAAUGGGGCUGGUAAACAAACCUACCAUACAUAGUUACUGGUCCACUGAUGAGAUACUUCAAACACCAUUCUUCACAAAUUGCAUGUCAAGGAAUCGGUUUACACAAAUUUUGAGGUAUAUACAUUUUGUGAACAAUACACAAUUAAUUCCUAGAGGUCAAGAUGGAUAUGACAAACUGGGGAAAAUUAGGCCCUUCUUAGAACUAAUUAAAAACCGGUUCCAAAGAGUUUAUGCCCCAAGCAGGAACCUGUCAGUGGAUGAAACCCUUGUGAAGUUUAAAGGACGCCUUUCAUGGAGGCAGUAUAUGAGGGACAAACCAGCAAGAUUUGGCCUCAAGGAAUUUACUUUGGCUGACUCUGAAAAUGGCUAUGUGUUAGACAUAAAUGUUUAUACAGGCAAGGAAUGUGGACAUGAGUCUAAAGGUUUAGCUCAAAGAGUUGUUUUGAAACUUGUGGAACCAUUUUAUGGACUAGGAUACAAUAUAUUUAUGGAUAAUUACUACACCUCAGUUCAACUUUUUGAGAAGCUUUAUGAUCAGGGUCUUCAAGCCCGUGGAACAUGUCGGGGGGAUCGGAUCGGUCUUCCUCGAGAUGUGACAACAUCGACCUCUGCUACUGUAAAGAGGAUGAAACGUGGUGAAGCAAUUUUUCGGCAAAAACAUCACCUCACUUGA